UUGACAGGUCGACAACUUCACUUUUGAGAAGAAAUUUGCACGGAUAACUGUAGCAACGACACAAAACAAUGGCGUGGUGUUCGAAAGACCUGUUUCCUACAAAGAUGAGCUUUGUUUAUUUCAUAUCUUAUAUGGGACUUUUUAUAAAUCAAGGUAUACUGGUUACAGCUUCAAAGUCAAAGAACAAUACAUACAGUUACAAUACCGUGACAGUGGUACUGUUGACAGAAUGUAUUAAAUUGGUUGCAGCUAUUUUGAUUUAUCUGAAAGAGAAAUCCCCAUCAUCGUUUGUUAGUGACUUUGUCAAUAAUAAAGAAACAUUACUGUACUAUUUUGUACCAGCUGGUCUGUACUGUCUAUAUAACAACCUUCAGUUUGAGAAUCUAGCUAACUAUGACCCAACCACAUACUACCUUCUUCUACAGUUCAGGGUGGUUGUUACUGGAGUUGUCUUUCAGAUUGUAUUUCAGAAACAGUUAAGUCGUAUACAGUGGGUAUCUCUAGUAUUUCUCACAUUUGGCUGUAUAGUAAAGGAGUAUGGUAGACUAACUGGUAGUGGUACAGCUGCUGAUGCAACUAAAGAAACUUCAUUCCUUAAUCUACAUCUAUUCUUAAUCCUUGUUCAGGUGUUCUGUUCAUGUUUUGCUGGUGUGUACAAUGAAUAUUUACUGAAGGGACGUGGUGUAGACAUUCAUAUCAUGAUGCAGAAUGUAUUUAUGUACUUGGACUCGAUCGUCUGCAACGGGCUUAUUCUUGCAUACAAAGGACAGCUUACCGACGCAUUCACUGCAUCAAGCCUUAGUUCAAUUUUCCAAAUUAAUGUUAUAUGUAUAAUGCUGAACAACGCAGCUAUUGGUAUUGUCGUGAGUCUAUUUUUACGAUCUCUCAACUCCAUUCUCAAGACAUUUGCUAGUGCUUUAGAACUGAUGUUUACAGCAGUAUUGUGUUGGUUCCUAUUUGGUAUAACUAUAGAUGUUUAUACAAUCAUUGCUAUUGUUAUUGUGUCGGCAGCCACCUUCCUGUAUGCUCACAACCCUGUGGUAAAUGUACCAAAAGAUGAAACUCAAGACAAAGAGAAGGCAAAUGGGAAAUCUGAAACAGUUUAGUUCUUUUAGAAUUGAACUCUGUUUCAAUGGACAUGUAAAAUAAUGUGGUAUAAUGACUGAACAAACUUUAUUUAUUGAAUUUGGGCUCUAAAUUCUAUUAGAAAUAUAACAUAAACAAGGAGAAGUUUAUGAUGAGGGGGCUUUAACUUUUUUCUAUCAUUUAUGUAUAUUUAUUCAUAUUUGGGAAUGUACAGUUACACUGCAGUCAAACGUGUAUUAAGCGACCGGGUAAGGGAAGCACCCAAAACGGUCGCUUAAUGAAACGGUCUCUUAAGACAGCAUGAUAUAAAAGUCAAAAUUUAUAAAUGACAUCUUUUUAGCUCACCUGUCACAAAGUGACAGGGUGAGCUUUUGUGAUCGCUUUUCGUCCGUCGUCCGUCCGUCCGUAAACUUUUACUUUAAAUGACAUCUCCUCAUAAAUCACUUGGCCAAUUUCAUCCAAACUUCACAGGAAUGUUCCUUUGGUGGUCACCUUUAAAAAUUGUUCAAAGAAUUUAAUUCCAUGCAGAACUCUGGUUGCCAUGGCAACCGAAAGAAAAAACUUUAAAUAUCUUCUUUUAAAAAACCCUAAGAGCUAGAGCUUAGAUAUUUGGCAUGAAACAUCUUCUAGUUAGUGUCUACCAAGUUUGUUCAAAUAAAAGCCCUGGGGUCAAAAUUGGCCCCGCCCCAGGGGGUCAUUGAUUUUCCCUAUAUGCAUAUAGUAUAAACUUAAAAAAUCUUCUUUUAAAAAACCCUAAGAGCUAGAGCUAAGAUAUUUAGCAUGAAACAUCUUCUAAUGAGUGUCUACCAAGUUUGUUCAAAUAAAAGCCCUGGGGUCAAAAUUGGCCCCGCCCCAGGGGGUCAUAGAUUUACCCUAUAUGCAUAUAGUAAAAACUUAAAAAAUCUUCUUUUAAAGAACUCAAAGAGCUAGAGCUAAGAUAUUGAGCAUGAAACAUCUUCUAAUGGGUGUCUACCAAGUUUGUUCAAAUAAAAGCCCUGGGGUCAAAAUUGGCCCCGCCCCGGGGGUCAUUGAUUUUCCUUAUAUGUGUAUAGCAAAAACUUAAAAACUCUUCUUUGAAAAAACCCAAAUAGCUAGAGUUAAGAUAUUAAGCAUCAAACAUCUUCUAGUGAGUGUCUACAAAGUUUGUUCAAAUAAAAGCCCUGGGGUCAAAAUUGGCCCCGCCCCGGGGGUCAUUGAUUUUCCUUAUAUGUGUAUAGCAAAAACUUAAAAACUCUUCUUUGAAAAAACCCAAAAAGCUAGAGUUAAGAUAUUAAGCAUCAAACAUCUUCUAGUGAGUGUCUACAAAGUUUGUUCAAAUAAAAGCCCUGGGGUCAAAAUUGGCCCCGCCCCGGGGGUCAUUGAUUUUCCUUAUAUGUGUAUAGCAAAAACUUAAAACUCUUCUGUGAAAAAACCCAAAUAGCUAGAGUUUAGAUAUUAAGCAUGAAAUAUCUUCUAGUAAGUGUCUACAAAGCUUGUUCAAA